UGCUGUGGUGGAUGUUGCUGUCCAGGAUUAUGUAGCUGACGUGGCCUCCGAACUCAUCUACCAGAACAAGAGUCAGAUCUCCACGGAAAUCCUCUUCGUCUUCCCCCUGAGCCCCCACAUCACCAUCUACUCCUUCCAGGCCCGCAGCGAGGAUGCCAAGGUCCAGGCCACGCUGCGGGAUGAGGCCCAGCAGCUGCACAGGGAUACAGGGGGCUGGGAGAAUCUGGAAUACCUUCAGGAUCAGUCUGAGUAUGCAGGCGAGGUGUUUGCCUGCUUCCUGGGCACCCUGUCCCCUGGCAGGGAGGUGGCUGUGACCUUGCGCUAUGUCCAAGAGCUGCCACGGGAGCCAGAUGGAGCAGCCCAUUUCGUGCUGCCACCCACACUGCAUCCCUACACAAAACUCUACGCCUCGAAUUGUGUCACUAGCAAGCUGCCCUACAGACUGCUGCUCACCGCCAGCCUGCAGUCACCCCGUGGAGUGGCCAAUGUCCAGGCCAACUUCACUCUCACCCCUUUGAUCUACACUGCCCAGGACUGCAGCACUGCACAGGUCUCACUGGUUGGCAGCCCCCCAAAGCAUCAUGAUUUGGAGCUGCUGGUGUAUUUUGGAGACCCCACUGCAGUCAGUGCUGUGGUGGAGAAGGGAGACCCUGGGGCCCCUCCAGGCUCCCUGCUUGGUGACCCCAUGGUGCUGGUGACACUGGCACCCAGCAUCCCUGAGGCAGUGCCUGGGCAGCGCCAGUCCGGAGAGUUCAUCUUCCUCCUGGACACCACCUUUCUUGAGCAUGGACAGGACUCCCUGCUCUUCCUUCUCAAAAGCCUGCCCCUAGGCUGCUACUUCAACAUCUACUGCUAUGGAGAAACCUCUGUGGGCAUCUACCCGCAAAGUGUUGAAUACACUCAGGACAACCUGACCGAGGCCAUGCGGCGCAUCUCCUCCACCGGCUCCAGUCUGGGUGACACCAAUCUGCUGGGAACCCUGCGCUCAGUCUACAAUACCCCCUGCCCCCACGGGCAUACGCGCCAGCUCUUCAUCUUCAUGGCUGGGCUACCCCCUGACGAGGAAGCCAUCGCAGCUGAGGUCUGCCGUCACCGCAACAGUCACCGGUGUUUCUCCUUCUGCUUCUCUAAGGACAGCGCUGCCCUGGCUACAGCCCUGGCCAGGGAAACAGGAGGUGAAGCUACCUACAUCUCCUCUGACAACAGUAUGACAGUUGUGCUGCAGUGCCUGAAGCAGGCCCUCAAGCCAGUGGCUGAAGGAGUCUCUCUGAGCUGGGCCCUGCCCCAUGGCCUGGAGGUUGAGGUGCUGGGGGGCACCCCUCAGUUCAUCUUUCAGGGUCAACACAGCCUCCUCUAUGCCCAGAUCCACGGACAGGCACAGGAUGCGACAGUGGCCAAGGGGGUCAUGACCUUGCAGUACAGCCUGGACGGCCAGGAUGUCACUCACACCAUUGAAUUCCCACUGUGCCCACAGGGAGAUGGCCGGCUGGCUGGGCAUCGUCUGGCCGCGAGAUGCUUGCUGAAGUGGUUGUUGCCAGAGGCUGCGAGUGGGUCAGGGGAUGAACCAAGGCAUCGUGCAGUUGAGAUCAGCCUCACUUCAGGGAUCAUCUGCCCCUUUACCAGCUAUGUGGGGGUUCGCACAUCACAGAGGGUCACCUGGUACCGAGGGCCCCUAGUACUGUUGCCACCCCGCCAGUCACUCAUGCCCUGCCAGAUCGUUGAGCUUCGUGGCUCCGGGAAAGUCUCUUCCUGCUAUCCCAUGAGCACCUGGGUCCCACCUGGCUGGCUGACAGCAGUGCGUGCAUCAUGGCUUGCCCUCCGUCAACUCACCCGUGCCAUUGCUGCCUUGCCCCAGCGGGGCACUUGCCCAAAAGUAUGUAAACCACCACCGCCACCUAUUUCUUCUCUCAACCAUGUGGAUCCCAUGGAAUUUGUUUUGUGCUCUCCAGUUUUGGGGCUUCGGUUUACCAAAGCCAUUGCUGAGUGCCAGGAGCUGGUGGCACUGCAGAAUGUAGAUGGCUCCUGGGCUCUCAGCUCAGGACUGGCCUCUGUGCUGGAAGUCGAUGAGGCUGAAAUCAAGGGAAAGAUGCCUGGUGAGGUCAUGGAGCCAAGCAUCUGGGCCACAGUGCUGGCCGUGACCUGGCUGCACAGACAUGGCAAGUGUUACCAAGACCUCUGUGAGCUGCUGGAGGCCAAGGCUGUGACCUGGCUGUGCAGUCGAGCUGCAUCCCAGCUGGACAAGUGCCUGGAGGCAGCCAACACCCUCCUUGGGAGCAGUGUCAAGCCGAGUGUCUUCAGGCUCUGA